AUGUCUUUGAAGGCAUUACUGCGACCGAGAACCCUACCUUUUUUCCGACCCUGGGCCCAAGCCCCAGCUGUUGGCUGCCGAUACCUAGCUCAUGUCGCCAACAUAGAGGAUAUCCCCAAUGAAGACGACAAGCCCUUCACUGUCCCGGUAUCAGAAGCCAGUUUUGAAACAUACAACUUCGACCCGCCCUCGUAUUCUCUAGAAACGACAAAGAGUCAGCUUAAGCAACUGUACCAUGACAUGACUUUAAUCAGGCGGAUGGAAUUGGCGGCCGACAGUCUGUACAAAGACCGUAAAAUCCGUGGGUUCUGCCACUUAUCGACAGGCCAAGAAGCCGUCGCUGUGGGCAUUGAACAUGCAAUUACACGCGACGAUAAGCUUAUAACCGCCUACCGAUCCCACGGCAUGACCCUGAUGCGAGGCGGAACCUUGAAGUCCAUUAUAGCGGAACUCCUUGGUCGCCAGGAUGGCAUCUCGUUUGGAAAGGGAGGGUCAAUGCAUAUGUUCUGCGAGGGCUUUUAUGGUGGAAACGGAAUCGUUGGCGCUCAUGUUCCUGUAGGAGCUGGAAUAGCUUUUGCUCAGAAGUAUAGCGAAAAGCCCCAUGUGACAAUCGAUCUCUUCGGAGACGGAGCGGCGAACCAAGGACAAGUGCAUGAGGCUUUCAAUAUGGCCAAGUUAUGGGACUUGCCGAUCAUUUUUGGAGUCGAGAACAACAAGUACGGCAUGGGAACGUCUGCCGAGCGAGCUUCGGCAAUGACGGAUUACUAUAAGCGGGGGCAAUAUAUCCCCGGUCUGCGUGUGAAUGGCAUGGACGUCCUUGCCGUAAUGUCGGCCAUGAAACACGGGAAAGAAUAUGUCCAAGCUGGCAACGGGCCUUUGCUCUAUGAAUAUGCCACCUAUCGGUAUGCCGGGCAUUCAAUGUCAGAUCCUGGAACAGCGUACCGCUCCCGCGACGAGCUGAAGACAGAGCGCGGGAAUGAUCCAAUCUCCAGUUUCCGCGAGAAAUUGAUCACUUGGGGAGUUUUUUCGGAUGAUCAGGCGAAGGAAGUCGAUCGCAGGAUCCGACAGAGGGUAAACGACGAAGUUGCGGAGGCUGAGAGAUCUCCGGAGCCCGAGCUCAAGGCCGAUGUCCUCUUUCAAGAUGUGUAUGUUCGUGGUAGCGAACCGAGGCAGCGGCGAGGAAGGACAAUCGAUGAAACAUACUAUGCUUGA